AUGAAAUACAAUGAGAUAUCCCACUUCAGCCACCCCCAACACAAGCUCAAGUUUGAGUACACAGAAAUCCCAUUCAAGUGUGACGGAUGCAAGGAGGUAGGCAUAGGGUCGCGCUACAAGUGCGCCAUGUGCGAUUUCGAUCUCCACAUGCAUUGUGCCAUACCUUCCCCUUCUAUCUUCCACCCUUUCUACACCAAGUGCUCUUUCCAGUUCUUCUCGAGGCCACCGGGGAACAACCCUCGCUAUUGCAAUGCAUGUGAGAAAGAUAUUACCGGAUUCACGUACCACUGCACAUCCUGUGGGUUCGACCUUCACCCGUGUUGCGCCAAGCUCCCCAUGGUGCUCGACGACGGGGAGGUCAAGCUCUAUCUGUAUCGGAAAGUGAGCAGCUCUUGUCAUAGGUGUGGGCGUAAAGGGCGUAGUUGGAGUUAUAGAUCAAAAUGUAAGAAGUAUAAUUUGCAUGUGGCAUGUGUUAAGGAAAUGCUUGUGGAGACUUGGCAUGAGUUUUUGGGGUCACAUGGGAAUAAAAAUACCACUAGGAGAUUGGAGAUGACUAGAAUUCCUAGCCUUAAAAAUACGCUCCAAACUCAUCAUCAUAAGAGCAAAGGUAAAGUGAAGAAGUGCUGUGAGAUAGCCGGAUUGGCUGUGCAAUUUGUGAUAUCAGCUGUGUUGGGUGAUCCAACUACUCUGAUUGCUGGGGUGAUUGGGUCGUUAAUGUCGCGAGCCUGA